CUACUUCAAAGAAGCUGCCUUUUGAGCUUGAAUUAAUAGUCAGUAGGGAAAUUAAUAAGGGAAUUUCUGCAUUGUGAAACAAGAGCUCAAUUCUCACAUUAUCAUGCUGAAAUGUCUUUGAGCAAGACAUUGGAUCGAUGCCAGUGUUAGGGAAGCUGUGGCUCUAAUAUCACUGCAUCAACUUAUCAGUGGUAGUAACCAAUAAUUUAACGUCUAGUAAUAACCAACCAGUCCCUGACCUUUGGUUAGUAGGAGUAUGCGUCUAAUGAAGUAAUAUAUUUCAGUACUCUUCUCUCCUCUGCUGAAUAAACCAGACUAUAAAGAUACAUGACUUGUGUGUUGUACAUUAUAUAUUUAUAAGACCUGCCCAAACCAUGCAAACUAGGUUAUUGUGAACAAAUUCUACCAGAUAGACCAAUUGCUUCUAUAAAACAUGACUAUAAUGUUAGGAGUUUCCAACGGAUAGACCUACAAUUUGACCAACAUUCUCAUUUUUCACAUGUAAAUGGGCAAAAAUAUUUGUCCCUUAACCCACACCCGUUUCUGUUAAGCCAUAGCAUAAAAGAAACAACAACUACUCCAAAUAAAGGUGUGCCAUGGAGGUGCAGAUCAGUGUACAGAGAUUUUAACAGAGGGGCCCUUUUUUUCUAAGGGGGUGGAGUUAUAAACAUAGCCCAGGGAGGAGCAAUUACAACCAGAGACAUAUCAGGCACUGAGAGAGGGAAGUAUAUAUUCUUCAGAAAGUUCGGGACUAAGGUAUAUAGCUGGAAUCCUCCAUCAUGAGUUCUGAAACAACUGGACAGACUAUAGUAGUAAAGACAGAGGAAGCAGCUGCUGCUCCUGCUCCAGCUGCAGUGAAAGGGGAGUGGAAGUGCCCCCUGGGUGAUCGUCACAUCCACAGAGAUGACCUGAGAAAGGUUUGGAAAGAGUGCCAUGAGGAGAGCUUCUGGUACAGAGCUCUUCCGUUCUCCCUGGGUAGCAUGGCUGUCACUGGUGGUCUCAUCUACAAUGGCAUCUGGAAAUCAUCAAAGCGAUUUGGUCCCUUUCCAAAACUAGCAGUUGCCGGGAUCCUUGGUUUUGCAGUGGGGAAAGCAUCUUAUGCCAGAACUUGUAAAAGCAAGUUUAAGGAGCUUGGCCUUGGGGAUGGACCAGGAUUUGGACCCUGGUCUGAAGGAGGUCGCUUUGGACCUUUUAAGAACUCUGGUCAUGGACACAGAUCCUGCCACCAUGUGUGUGAAGAAUGCCAGAAAAAAGCUCAAGCUGCACCUGCAGAAGAAGUGAAAAGCUAGACGUAAAUGGAUCUUAUGUUGACAGAGCUAUUAGAAACAUAUAUAGUGCCAAACUCUGAAGAUAUUACUGCACAGUAGGCUACUCACAAACAUCACAAAUACCAAAUCAUAAAUGAAAUAUUGCAGUCUGUAAGUAUUUUGGUGUUUGCGCCUUUUUCCAGUGAAUAGCUUUGUAUAAAAACAUACUCAUGUCAAAAUAACCUGAAUUCACUCUUUAUGUAUUCCAUUUUAUAUUUUAGCCUCCUCGGAAACACUGACUGUCAGCAUGGAUCUGUCAUUUGCAGCUUUCCUGUUUUCUUAAUAAAUAUCAAAAAUAAUACGUAAA